AUGGAGCCUUUGCACAAAGACGCUGAGACGGCGGCAGCGGCGGCGGCUGUGGCAGCGGCAGAUCCCCGGGGGGCAUCGUCGUCCAGCGGGGUGGUCGUGCAGGUUCGCGAGAAGAAGGGGCCCCUGCGCGCCGCCAUCCCCUACAUGCCCUUCCCGGUGGCUGUCAUCUGUCUCUUCCUCAACACUUUCGUGCCGGGAUUGGGUACAUUCGUCUCGGCCUUCACUGUGCUGUGUGGGGCACGCACUGACCUCCCGGACAGGCACGUGUGCUGCGUCUUCUGGCUGAAUAUUGCUGCAGCCCUCAUUCAGGUGCUCACGGCCAUCGUUAUGGUGGGCUGGAUCAUGAGCAUCUUCUGGGGCAUGGACAUGGUCAUCCUUGCCAUCUCCCAAGGGUACAAGGAUCAGGGUAUCCCACAACAGCUGUGA